UCUGAAUUUGUGAUGUGCCAUGUGUUUCUCUGAACGUUUGGCCAACAUCACGCCAACAAAAACAUUAAUAUUAAUUUUUUGCUAAAUUCUAGAUAUUCAGAAAUUUGCAACCAAGUAUUGAGUAAACUGAGAUGAGUACGCUUACCCCUGCCGGAUCUGAAAGCUCCAUUAGCGGUCUGCUAACGUGCAUGACUUGUCGAGUCGGAUUUCGAAAUGCAGAGUUACAACGUGACCACUAUAAAUCCGAUUGGCAUCGGUACAACUUGAAAAGGAAGAUCGUCUCCCUUCCACCUGUCACUGCCGACAAUUUUGCAGAACGGCUCGCCGCCCAGGAAGCACAAGCAGCACAGUCAGCAAACGAUACUUCUCGUUAUUGCUCGGUAUGCAAAAAAGCGUUUGGAAAUGAGAAAGCAUAUUUGAGCCAUAUCGCAUCUAAGAAACAUUCCGCGGUGGUCAAGGAGCAGAGCAUGAAAGAACUUGGUGGAACGCAGCAGGAUGUCGAAAGCCAGGGAUUAGAGAAUAGUAAGAAUAAUGCGAGUAGUGGUGGCGUCGUAUUAGGAUCGUCUCCUGGAAAAAUGCAACAACAAAGUCCAUUGGCAAAGAAAAAGACUCAGAGUCCACAAAUCGCUGCAAAGUUUCCAGGUAAGGGCUCCAAACUGGGAGGAGGAUCGGACAUGGAGGUGGGUGAUGAUGAUGACGAUGAUGAUUCUUGGGAGGAGAUUGAAGGAAUUCAAAUUCCACCAACUAGUUGUCUCUUCUGCGCUGUCGAAUCUGGAGAUAUUGAAUCCAAUUUGGAACAUAUGAGCGUUUCUCACUCCUUCUUCAUACCAGACAUGGAGUACUGUACAGAUCUCGAGGGAUUGCUUGACUAUUUGGGGAGUAAGGUGGGAGAAGGAAUGAUGUGUCUUUGGUGUAAUGAAAAGGGGAAAUCUUUUUACGAUGUGCUUGCAGUUCAGCAACACAUGAGGGACAAGGGACAUUGCAAAAUGCUUCACGACACUGAUGCAGCCUUUGAAUACAGCGACUACUACGAUUUCAGUUCUAGUUAUCCUCAAGAUUCUACAGAAACAAAUCCUGACGAACUCUACACACCUGAAGCACUUCGGUUUAAUGAGCACAUGCAGUUAGUUUUGCCGUCCGGUGUGGCGCUAGGACAUCGAGCACUCAAACUUUAUUACAGGCAGUACGUUCGCCCUGGCUCUCGUUCAAUGUCUGAGAUAAAAGCUGCAAAGAAGAACAAGAUCCUAUCCCAAUACAAAGCUAUAGGAUACGGAGGAACUGCGCUUGUUGUAGCUCAGCAAAAACUUCGAGAUCAGCGAUACUUUAAACAUGUUAAGGAUAAGUAUGGUGUAAAACUAGGAGUUCAAGGCAACAAGACGUUACAAACUUACUUCCGACGUCAAGUUCAGUUCUAGGCUGGAGUAAAACUUGUCUACGUUUCUUUCUAAUUAUUUGUAAGUUGUGUUAACGUAUAACUUGUCAAUUAUUCUGAUUAAAUGCAUAAAAUAUUUACGUACUUAUAUUGUACAUUCCGCA